AUGGGAAAAAGUAGCAAAGAUAAGCGAGAUCUGUACUAUCGAAAGGCUAAGGAACUUGGUUACCGAGCCCGGUCCGCGUUCAAACUCCUACAAUUAGACAAAGAAUUCCAAUUUUUAGAUGGAGUAACAAGAGUUGUUGACUUGUGUGCAGCACCGGGAUCAUGGUCCCAAGUGCUAUCCAAGCGACUUUUUGAGGAUGCAGAUAGCGUCGAAAACUCUGAGAAAAAAAUUGUGGCAGUGGAUCUGCAACCCAUGUUCCCUAUAGAUAAUGUGACGACUUUGCAGGCAGAUAUUACGCACCCAAAGACAUUAAACAAGAUCAUGGAACUUUUUGAGGGCCAAAAGGCAGAUUUUGUGUGCAGUGACGGUGCUCCGGAUGUAACGGGCUUGCAUGACCUAGAUGAAUACGUGCAGCAACAAUUGAUUCUGAGCGCUUUGCAAUUGACGACAUGUUUACUUCGCGAAGGCGGUGUUUUCGUUGCCAAAAUUUUCCGCGGCCGCGACAUCGAUAUGCUAUAUUCACAGCUCGGAUUUCUGUUUGAGCGUGUAGUAUGUGCGAAGCCCCGUUCUUCUCGGGGCACAUCUCUAGAAAGUUUUAUCGUGUGCAUCGGCUACAAACCACCUAAACAUUGGGUGCCAAAACUUGACGUUAAUACGUCUGUUGAAACUUUUUUCGAAGGUUGCGGUAUCGGAAGACUUAGUCUCGAAGAUAAGUUAGCAGGUUAUUCUGAGGAGCCUAGGAGCAUCGCAGAAUUCAUAUCUUGCGGCGGACUCGAUAGCUUCGACUCCGAUGCCACUUACCACGAUGUUCCCAGCAAUAAACCUGCUUUGGAUCCAGUACAGCCGCCCACGAACCCUCCCUACAAGCGUGCCUUAGAGCUAAAGCGACAAGGAAAACUGGCAAGAACUUAG